AUGUAUCCAUCAAUCGGAGACGACGAUGACCUUCUCGCUGCCCUCUGCUUCGAUCAAAGCAAUGGAGCAGAAGAUCCUUACGCAUUUAUACAGACAGAUCAGGAAAACCUCUUUCCGGAUUUUGGAUCGUCUGGUGUGAAUUUGCAGGGAGAGCAAGAGCAAGGAUGUAACAUUGGAGCUCAAUUCGAUUCCUUUAGCGGAAACUUUCCUCAAGCAUGUAGCUUUAGAGAGGAAAACAACGAUUUAAGAGGAGGUUAUGGUGGAGUUGUCUACAGUAACAGUAGCAUUGGAUCAGCAGCACAAUUAGAUUUGUCUGCAUCGUUUAGUGAACUUUUGCAGCAAGAACCACAUCAAGUGUGUAGCUUUAGAACGCAAAACGACGGUUCAUCGACUCAUUUGCAGAAUCAGCAGCAGCAAGAACCGGAACAAGUGUGUAACGGUGUAGUGGAAAUCAAUUCUUCUUCUUCCGUUGGAGGUGUUAAGGAAGAGCAAGAACAUGUGGAGGAAGAAUGCUCAAGAAAGAGGAGACGAACUGGAUCAUGUAGCAAGCCAGGAACCAAAGCCUGUCGCGAGAAACAGAGAAGGGAACAGCUAAAUGAGAGGUUCAUGGAUUUGAGCUCUGUUCUGGAGCCUACCAGGACUCCAAAGACUGAUAAAUCAGCGAUCCUCGACGAUGCAAUCCGAGUCGUGAAUCAGCUCAGAGGUGAAGCUACUGAGCUUAAAGAUACCAACCAAAAGCUUCAAGAAGAGAUCAAGAGCCUCAAGGCGGAGAAGAACGAGCUAAGGGAGGAGAAGCUGGUGUUGAAGGCGGAUAAGGAGAAGGUAGAGCAACAGUUGAAAUCCAUGGCGGCGGUUCCAUCACCGGGAUUCAUGCCCUCGCCGCAUCCGGCAGCUUUCCAUCCGAGUAAACUGGCGGUGUAUCCGAGCUACGGUUACUAUCCAAACAUGGCAAUGUGGCCACCGUACUUGCAUCCUUCGGAGCGUGAUACGUCUCAUGAUCACCUAAAGCGACCUCCUGCUGCUUAA